ACCCGGUGCACAUUUCGAAGCGAUGCCAACGCCGUGGGCUUGAGUUGGGCGGCCGCCCGGGAGCGCACGUGGGAGACGCUCGCCCCGCCUCCGAGCUGCAGAUUUUGAAGUCCCCAGUGAGAAUGAGGCCUUAACCCCUACAGGACGCCGCAGCCGCGGCCCCCAAAACGGGCAAGGGCGACGACGGCUUCCAGGAUCCAUGCGGCCUGCUCCGGAUCCAGCUCCAGGCCGCAUUUUGCCAUCCGGGGGCCCGGUCCUCUCCAUCCUCAUCUUCGACCUGCCCAGGGCCCUGGCCUGAGAGCGGUCAUCGCCCCGCCGCGGGCCCCAGGAACGGACCAUCAUCCCAGACCGGUGCCUCCGCCUGCCCGGGAAACCCAGAUUCCCAAGCCGGCAUCUCUCCCUUCGCCCGCCAGCUGACCUGCGGCAAGAGGAGGAAGGGGAGGAUGACAGAAUCUGAAAAUCGAGCUGCCGCACGUCGACCGUGACUGGCCGGACGGACGGACGGACAGCGAGGAGGAGGAGCGGGAGGAGGAGGAGGAGGAGCGGGAGGAGCAGGAGGAGGAGCCCCGGUUGGCCCCGGCCAGCACCAUGGACAGCUCAGGUGCGUCGUCUCCGGACAUGGAGUCCAACUAUGGAGGAGGCCUGCUGGACAUGGUCAAAGGAGGUGCCGGGCGGCUCUUUAGUAACUUGAAGGACAACCUCAAAGACACCAUCAAAGACACGUCUUCUAAAGUUAUGCAGUCUGUUGCCAGCUACGCCAAGGGAGAGCUGGACAUUUCCUACAUUACCUCGAGAAUCAUCGUGAUGUCCUUCCCCGCCGAAGGAGUGGAACUCGGAUUCCGGAAUCAGAUCGAGGACGUCCGGACCUUCCUGGACUCCCGACACCCGGACCACUAUACGGUCUUCAACCUGUCGCCCAAGUCGUAUCGCAGCACCAAGUUUCACAAUCGGGUGUCGGAGUGCAGUUGGCCAAUGAGACAAGCCCCCAGCCUCCACAAUCUGUACGCGGUGUGCAAGAACAUGCGGAACUGGCUCCAGCAGAACCCCAAAAACGUCUGCGUCAUCCACUGCCUGGACGGCUGUGCGGCGGCGGCAGUCCUGGUCAGCGCCAUGUUUUGCUUCUGCCAUCUCUUCUCCAGUCCCGCCCCCGCCAUCCAGCUGCUCAACGCCAAGCGGCCCGGAAUCGGACUGUGGCCUUCCCACAGGAGGUACCUCGGCUACAUUUGCGACCUGAUAGGCGACAAGCCCGUCCACCCGCACUGCAGGCCCCUCAAGGUCAAGUCCGUCACGCUGAGCCCCGUCCCCUGCUUCAACAAGCAGAGGAAUGGCUGCCGGCCGUUCUGCGACAUCCUCAUCGGGGAAACCAAGAUCUUCACCACCUCCCAGGACUAUGAGAGGAUGAAGGAAUUUCGGGUCCAGGAGGGGAAGGUGGUCCUCCCGUUGGGGGUCACGGCCCACGGGGACGUCGUGGUGUCCGUCUACCACAUGAGGUCCACCAUCGGGGGACGGCUCCAGGCGAAGAUGACAAACACCCAGAUAUUCCAGAUUCAGUUUCACAGCGGAUUCAUACCGCUCGGCACCACGGUGUUGAAAUUCACCAAGCCCGAACUGGACGCGUGUGAUUCUCCAGAAAAGUACCCCCAGCUGUUCCACGUGGUGCUGGAGGUUGAAAUCGAACCAGGUGAACGGCAGACGGACUUGACUCCCCCGUGGGAGAACUUCUCCACCAAAGACAUUAACCCCAGCAUCCUUUUCUCCUCCCACCAGGAGCAGCAAGACACUCUUGCGUCGGGAGGUAGAGCGUCAGCCGACGUCUCUCAGGAUAGUCUCAAGACUGCCGGGCAGGGAGCCUUCUUCUCCUCUCUCAGCUGGCAAGACCAGAGAGCCGACAAGGCGGGCGGCCACUCGGGCUCGGAGGAGCGGGCGGCCCUCGUGCACCAGGAGAGCGAGCAGUCCGACGACGAGCUCCUGUCACUGUCCAGCCAGCACAGCAACGCCAGCGCCGACCGGCCCCACGGGACCCCCAAGCAGGGCAAGAGGCCGCAGGAGCCCCCUGCCCCACCCCAGCCAGAGGAGGUCGACCUCCUGGGACUCGCCGGGAGCCCCGUGAGCAAGGGCUUCCCCGCCCCGGCCCCCACCGGCCCCCCGACCAACUCGGCCCUGCUCCACGACCUGUUCGGGGGUGGCGCGGCCCGGGCCGGGGGCCCUGGCGGGCAGCCACCCGCGGACGACGUGUUCCACGCCAGCGGCUCCGGCUCGGCCCAAUCCACCCCACGUCGCUCCGCGGCCUCUUCAACCCCGUCCCCCCGGGCGGGAGAAGCCGCACCCUUCGACCCGUUUGGGGGUCCCAAGCCCGCCGGGCCAGACUUGCUGGGUUCCUUCCUGGGGCCUUCCAACGCCACCAGUGACCCUUUCCUUCAGGCAAUCCGAAGUCCUUCCCCGACGGUCCACAGCGACCCCUUCAACCUGGCUUCCAGCACUCCCACCGUCUCCAUCCAGCCCGACGUUUCCGCAGGUUGGGAAUGGCCCGGCAAACCAGGUGGAUUUGGGAUGGGGAGCAGGUCAGCUGCCACAAGCCCCACCGGCUCCAUACACAGCACCCCGACCCACCAGCCCAAACCACAGGCGCUGGACCCCUUCGCCGACCUGGGAGCUCUCGGGGCCAACCUAGCAGGGAGCUCGUCGUUCGCCAGCAAGCCCACCACGCCCACGGGGCUGGGCGGGGGGUUCCCCCCGGCCAGCUCCCCCCAGAAGCCCUCGCCCCAGCCGAUGGGCGGCGGGUGGCAACCGGGGACCGGCUACUCCUGGCCUCACUCCUCGCCCCAGAACCGGCCCAACUACAACGUCAGCUUCUCCGCCGCGCCCGGCGGCCCCAGUGACCGGGGGAAAGGAGCGGCCAAUUUGGAGGGAAAGUCGAAAGCAGCCGACUUUGAAGACCUGCUGUCGGGCCAGGGCUUCAACGCUCACAAAGACAGAAAGGGGCCCAGGACCAUCGCCGAGAUGAGGAAGGAGGAAAUGGCCAAGGAGAUGGACCCCGAGAAGUUGAAGAUCCUGGAGUGGAUCGAAGGGAAAGAGCGGAACAUCAGAGCCCUGCUGUCCACCAUGCACACGGUGCUGUGGUCCGGGGAGACCAGAUGGAAACCCGUGGGGAUGGCCGACCUGGUCACCCCGGAGCAGGUGAAGAAGGUCUACAGGAAGGCCGUCCUGGUGGUACACCCAGACAAGGCUACCGGUCAGCCUUAUGAACAGUAUGCAAAGAUGAUUUUCAUGGAGCUAAAUGACGCCUGGUCAGAAUUUGAAAAUCAAGGCCAAAAGCCCUUAUACUAACCCACCCAACUUUCCAUCUCUGCUGCAGACCUGUGCUAACGCGUGUUUCUCUUGUCACACUUCUGAGAUUUUCACAAACGAAACCAAAAUUCCAGUACGUUUCCAGCUCUCAACAGGAAAACCAACCACCCCUGAGUGAAAUUCCUCACGGACGGAGACCGAGGACGGCGGGUGUCUCCCGCUCGCCACCGAGACUUUUCCAAAGUGUUACGGGGAACUUUGGCCCUGUGACUUUGUUGCCCAGCCACAUUCUGGGAUCCCACUUUGGAAAAUCCCUUCUGUCCGUCUUCUGGCCGGUGUCCGUCACCCGGAGGGAAGGAAGGUUCAGUCUCCACGAAGAUGUCCCACCUCUUUCAGCCCUGGCGAGGUGGGCAAAGGUUUUCCGCUUUUGCAUAGGAAUGAAGAGAAGUGAGGGAAGGAAAUGAAACCCAGGACACGGGUGGUUUUUAGGGUAAAUGGUGUUUUUUUUUUAGGUUCUCCUGACAAGCUGCCCUUCCCACCCAAUGUUCCGACAAGCCAGAGGGACGGGAACCGCGAAGCGAUUCCGUCGGAUGCUCACUGCCGCCGUCGUCAGAGCGCCGGUUAUUUUCUCGGGCGAGGCAAGGCAGCCUUUCAGGGUGGGAAAUCGGUGGACGACCGCGUGUUUGUCUCUUUAGGUAACCUGGAAAUGCCAAAAAUCAGUGAGCACCCCAGCCUGAGCAGCGAGAGGCCACGAGCCAGGGCUGGGGCUGACCGCCUCGUUCCCAACAACAGGCCUCGUCUCAGCCUCAAAGUGGAGGACGAACCGGAGCCCGCUCCGUGACCUUUCCCGGCCUCAAGCGGGACGGUAGCUCGAGGACCACCCCCCGGGUUUGGAAUCGGCUGGAAAGGGAACCGGGAUUCAAAUUCACCGGUGUGGGGGGAAUUGAGCGGGGAGACUAAGCGACUCAGUCCGAGGUCACGAGCGGGAAAGAGUCGGGAGCGCGAAGCCUCCCGUGUGAAUACGCCAGCACAGACAGCAUCACCGCCCUUCUCCCCCGACCAAGAACUUUUGGUUUCAGCGCGGCGCUUUAGCUAUUUCCUCAUCCCAUGGAGUUGUUCGCGGUCCGAUUUGCCAGCGCAGUAGGUCCGACGACCCCCCGUCUGUCCGUGACUUCAACAAGGUGGUUCGUGCAGAAAUAGCCGGGACACUUUCCUCGCCCCCAAAGGAAAGGCCCCUCCCUGGUAUUGUGAAAAUCUUCCUAAAGUUGGCGUCUUUUAAAGACAAUCAUUUUGGUUUCUGUUCUGUUUCCAUUUUUCUAGUGGCAAAGCAGCAUGUGAGAAAUGCGUUGUGUUCUGUAGAGAUCUCUUUUUUUUUUCAAAAUCAGUUGAUGUACGGCUCCCUUAUUUAUUACCAUUUACUGACAAUGUGAAAUAGGCAGAAAAAUGUGGGUUUUUCUUUUCUUUUUCUAUCCAGGCAUAAAACGUUCGAGGUAUCUAUAACAAACUGGAUGGUAUUUAUUAACAUAUUAUGAAAUAACGUUUUGAUGCGGUAUGUGCUCGUCUUAUUUAUGAGUGGGAUGUGGGUCAUGUUCCCGUGCUUUGUUUUUCCCAUUCCCGUUUGUAGAUAUUGUGUGAACCCCACCUAUAUAAUAAAAGACCCUCCCGUGGGUGUAACGUACAUUUGGAAACGCUACCACUCUUUUAGCCAUGUAUCACGAUUGGGAUCGUUCAUUCAUGUUCGCAACCGAAAACCCCCGUGAAACCUUAAUAUCAGCCAAGACAAAGAAUCCUACCUAACUGAAAGUUUUGGGUUUUCCCCCAAGUCGGUUUCUGGGAUGCGUUAGGACUAUACCGGAUCCCGGUUUAUCUCAAAACCGAUUUUCCCAGACCCGCGAUUUUUGGCAUUCCUUUUACGUAUCUGGUAGUGACACGGCUUGUUGUGGAUCAGGGUAAUUGUUUCGCUAAAAUUCCUGUAAUAUAUAUAUUUUUUGUAAAUAUACUCUAGAGAAAAUGUGAUUGGUCUAAAGCGUUUGUAAUAUAUAUUAAAAGACUCAAAUGAUA